AUUGACGCGCUUACUCACGCAUUCUUACUGAACAUAACCAGACCUUACCACAUGACCCUUUCUCUAUAACGGUUCGGCACCAAAACUCGACGGUGGUUGUAUUCAAAUUCGAAAUCCGUCCGAAUUCAUACCUAGAAACACUGAGCCACCGCACAAACACAACACAAUGGUACACUCAUGCAGCUCUUCCUUUUCCACAAUGCCAUCUAUGAGGACAUCUUCUGAGGUGUCCCACGAAGAUGGCGUGGAUCACUUCGCCGACUUUGAUGGCACUCAUACCCCCCAAGAAGAUGGAGAAAGUUGUGAGAGUUUCGAAGAUGGACCCUCGUACACUACAUCGGAGAAUGAGAACAGUCACUGUGACCAGCAAGUGAACCAGAGUGAGCGGCAACAUCAAGAUGGAAACAGGAUCAGUGAUCAACGGAAUUGGAUAAGGAGAAUAUGGGUGUGGCUGAAGAAGAUUACCGACACAUUCUUGGCGCGCACAUUUCGUCUGGUACUCCACCAUGGAGGUGGCUGAUGGUUCAGGGGGCCGGAGCCAGUCUUGGGAGCAGGGUGAUUGGGAAUAUCCUAAUCGAUCUUUGAACAAGUCAGAACGACCUUGGUGCCGAAAAGAUAUCAAGACCCUUGGGAAAUUGGACAAAUGACAACGCAGCAACAGUGAGAUGAGAAUGACGACAUGAGGCUGAUUGUGCCAAGCCUGCGGAGCGGUCUCUUUCGCUUUUAGAAACAAAACUUAUGAGAUGAGUUCCGCUGCAGAUUGUCGAUAU